GCUCGGCAUCUGGGCGUCUUGGCAGCGAAGAAAAAGCAGAAGAAGGAGAGCCUUUCCGCUGCAUUUGAGCUCUGCCUUUUUUUCUUGUCCUUGUCUUGGACUUCCGCUCUGUCCUACUAUUGCUUGUCCAUGGCACUCUUAUAAGUUUCCCCUUCUUCCGCUCCUCUGUCCGUCUCCUCCAUCCCUCCGAUCAGCCCUCCUCACCUUAUCUGGUCCUUUCCCUCCCCCCUUCUACCACUACCUUUCUCCCCCACCUUGCUGUGGGAUCGUCACUUGCCUUUAUCAGCGGGUAUGCCCCUUGCGCUGCGAGCCAUGCGGUGAGCAUAACCUUGUCGCCCUGUGUACGAUUCUGUACCACUCUGUGUCGCAUUUCUGAAGGGGGGGCCGUCGAAACGCUAUCACGCCCUUGAUUUCUCCACCGACUCUUUCGUCUCCCUUUUUAUCAUCCGCUCCAACAUGAGGCAGCCGGAGAUGUCCCAUUCUCCCGCCUAUUACCAGGACCAUGAUCAUCGCGUGACGGCAUAUCUCCACGAUUCGACUCCUGCUCCUGCGGCCGCACAUCUUCCCCCGGGGCCCCCAUCAUUGCCUAAUCACGGGCAUGAUUUCCGUUAUCCGGAACUCAAUUCGGUCGAGAAUACAUUACCCAACGCUUAUCCCUCCUCCGAUUCAUGGGAUAAUACCUACCCUCGGCAUUCCCAUCGCCAUUCUCAACAGUCCCAUAAGCCUCCCCACCGUCAGCCCCCGGCGGAGUCAAUCUAUCCGGAUUCUGAGGUGCCGGUCGUGGCUCCGAUGACUGGUGGAGCGGCUCGUAAAGAAGAACGUGGCCGGAGGAGUUGGACGGAUCAUUCGUCGUACAUGUCGAGCGAUAAUCAUCAUCUCGGCGCAACCCGCCUUCAGAAACGAGCGAUUCAUACGGAAGAACCCUUGGCGGAUGAUAGUCAGGAUGCCCUGCUGAUGCUAUUUCGAUUGUCCGUCCCGGUACCCAUAUUUUCUCUUUGCGCAUCCUUAUAUACCGUCUUCGGGUUACUCCUCGUUCUUCUCGUCUCACCUUUCCGCAUUUGCCCCUGCAUCCCAUAUUUUCGAUCAACAUCAUUUCGCGAACAGUUGUGCCAUCUUCUGGUACCCCAAUUGCAUAUUCAUGAGCGAUUAGUUCGUUUGCGGGGUCCCGCGACACAAUCGGUAUAUAAUGACGCCGAUGGGUCAUCCAUCCCGGAUCCAAGCGAACACUAUUCCAUUUUUGGCCUGAUUGCGGUCCUCUUGCUAUCAUCACUUCUUUCCGUCGCAUUUCUCCUCCUCGUCUGGACCGCAGCCUUUUUCUGGGUUUUCGCCAUGGUACUGGGCAAUCCCGAUGGCACCGAACGGAAAGACGACGGCCGUGCUGCCGUACUCGGUGUUUGUCGAUGGUGGCAGAUAUGGCUACGCAGGGCCCGGAAACCGCCUCGCGAAUAGUCUGUCUGUAGAUUAUCCUUGUUGCGUUUUCUCAUUUUUAUUCCGUUCUUUGUUAUUAAGCGUGAUCCCGUCUUGGCUAUUGGGCUCUUUUCGAUGUUGACAUGAUACCAAUAUGUGGGAUAUGUGGAAUGACUUUUGAGGGGCUUUUUUCUUCUUUUUCUGAUAUCUUUUUGUUUCGCCUUCUCAUUGAUUUGAGGAGAUAUUUCAUGUGUACAGGAGUUGGGUUGGUCGCAUAGGCGCCAGGAGCAGUUUUCAGUUUUUUUUUUGGUACUUUUUUUUGCUUCUAUUUUCUCCUUUCCAAUAUCCAAUGUGCGCUGUGAAAGAACGAAAACGGCUCCUGACGGAAUUGCUCAUGGUGCCUCAGCUAAUAUGCAGGCCAACAGGGAUUAUCAUCGAAUCACGAACCAGGAACUUUUGUGUACUGUACUACUACCUCAUACGAAUUGAUACCCGGGCUGGUCUCAUACCCUUUGAUCUGCUUCUUUAUGUGAUCGGUCCAUCCAUUGCUCUUGAAA